GCGGCAGACUCUCUCUGGCUUCCUCCACGUCGACACGCCGCCGCUCCUCGUGCGCUUCUCUUCCUCUCUCUCUCUCCGGUGAUGUCGCGGAGGGGACGUUUAACCCGGAGACCGCGCGCGUGCUUACGCAGAGAAGAGGUUUGAUUUUGUGAGUUUUUGUUCCGCGUGUUCCUUCCUCCGGCAGCGCGGCUCCGGGCGGCCGAGAGGGAAGCCGCCGCCGGUUCGAGUCUCUCCUCCGGGCUCAACACGGGGUGCGCGAGCUCCGGAGAGCCGGAGAGCGCGCGACGCCACCGGGACUGCGUUCCUGCUCCGUGUUACAUUCAUUCUUGUUUUUUAAUAUAUAUUAUAUAUAUAUAUAAAUAUAUAUAAUUUGUUUCCCCUCACUGCGCUCCUCCUCUCCGGGAACAACCGAGAGCCGAGUUGGAAGAGCAGUUUCCCCGGCGCGGAGCGGAGUUGCGCCGGCAGAAACCCGCCGGCAGAAACCCGCCGGCUCCCCGCCUCAAGUCGAGCGGCUCACCGAUCCGACUGGCAACCGCGCAUCGGCGUGUUGUUGUUGUUGUUGUUUUAGGUUUUUUUUUAUUAAAAAGGAGAGAAAGACAUUUCAUUGAGUCCCCAAACCCACCGCGCAGCGGCGGCUGCAACCUGUACAGCGGACCACGGUUUUCACCGCCACCUUUAACGACCUGACCCACCGGAUCCAGGGGGACCGGACGCUCUGCUCGGUGGCUGCGCCGGAGCUCCGGAGCCGGGAUGCCGCAGGUGGACAUGCUCCUCUUCCUGGUCCUCGCCGCGGUGCUGGUGUGCGCGUACGGCCAGGACCCGGCGUCCAAGGUGGUGUCCGAACGCUUCGCCGUCUACUGGAACCGGACCAACCCCAAGUUCUACCGAGGCGAUUAUCACAUCGACGUGUGCAUCAACGACUACCUGGACGUCUACUGUCCGCACUACGUGGGCCCGGUGUCUGACGACCGCGCCGAGCGCUACGUCCUCUACAUGGUGAACUACGACGGCUACAGCUCGUGCGACCACACCGCCAAGGGCUUCAAGCGCUGGGAGUGCAACCGGCCGCUGUCGCCCAACGGGCCGCUCAAGUUCUCCGAGAAGUUCCAGCUCUUCACUCCCUUCUCCUUGGGAUUCGAGUUCCGCCCGGGCAGAGAGUACUACUACAUCUCCUCCAUCACCGACGACAAGGGGAGGAGGAGCUGCCUCCGACUCAAAGUCUUCGUCAGGCCUCAAAACAACUGUGUGAAAAGCCCGGGUGCCGUGCAGGAAGGGGUCGAAUUUGACGACAACAGUCAAAACUCACUAGAACCCAGAGACGGCAUCGGCCACGAGUCACCGGAGCCGGCUCGGCGGGACGUGAACUCCGCCGGUCGGCGCUGCACGUCGGCCGCGCUGCUCAGCUCCGCCCUCAUCCUCCUGGCCGCCAUCUUGUCUUUAUAGCGCCGCCCAGUCUGCUGAGGAGUGCCGUCCCCCUCCCCAGCAACGGACAGUCCCGAUUGGACCAGAGGCCAACCCCUUACCCCUGCAACCCCUCCCCCCCCCCCCUCAAGGAGCACUUUUUGGAAAAAUAAUAAUACAAAAUAAAGAAAAAAUACACUGACAAUCUCUCUCGGCGAGCAGAGAAAGUGGGAGGGACUUCGACGCCGAAGCCUUUCGUUGUUUUUUUUAAGCCUCAUGGGAGCUCAUGGGCGCCGUCGGCCCCCAGAGGUAAAAGAGGCGUGGCCUCUCGCCCGUCGGCCGAUAUUAAAAGACGAGCACACGUACAUGCUUUUCAGACGUAUACUACACGCGGCCGGGGAGUUCUCUCUCUCUUCAGCUUGAAGCACAGCAGGAUGCCUCAAAAGUUUACCGACUUUUACCUUUUUUUAUUUACAUUUAUUUGUUUGUUUUUUAGGAAGACAUCACGCAACCUCCCUGAUUUGUAUUUUUAUUUUUUAAGUCUCACGUCGGGGGAGAAUACCCGUACGGGCCGACGGAAAGACAAAAAAAUGAAGGAGGAUGGAUGUUGUCGCUAAGAGACGGUUGCCGAGGGCGAUGACCUUUGAUGAUGUAACCCUCCUCUCAGGUUAUAAAGCAGUCGGAUGUUUGAGAGUAAAGAAGUUUAAAGAAUCAUAUUUCUCGUCUUUUAGUGUUUGGAUAGGGCCGAAUUAGUGAUCCAUUAAUUGUGUUUGUUUCUGGUUUUUUUGUUUUUUGUUUUUUAACAAUUCACCGUAAUUCAAUUGUAGCAGCCAACACGGGUGUACAGUAAAAUAUUGGUGGUAUUUUGCCAGGCAAAAUGUAUUUUCCUAUUUAUUGUGAAGUCCUCGUGCUUUUUUAAUUUUUGUAUGUUCUGGUUUUUAGUCUGUAAGUACAUUAGAAAGGCAAUAAAAAAUAGAAAAACACAACCCGACUUACCCAUUAAGUUACACAUCACAUCGUUGUUUUGAUACAAUCAAACAAACAAAAAUACACUGAGAACGGUUUAUGUGUCUGUUUCUGGAUUGAUCCCCGAUAUGUUCUUUUAAUUGUUUUUAACAGGAAGAUAAACGGAAAAAAAGAAGGAAAAAAAGAGUCUGAUGUGCUAUCAGGGUGUAGUAAUCGUAGAAUACUUCUGUUUUUCGAUCAUGUCAUUAAAAAUGUCACAAAUGUAGUUUUUGCUGUUUUACACUAUUUGUGGAUCACUGUCAUAAUAACACAAUGGAAAUAUUGUACAUAGAGACAAAAUAUGUCCUUUUAAAAGUUCAGGGAUGCGUCCAUGCCUACACACAGAAACAUGAAGGUCUGGAACCGAAGAUGGUUCUUCAGAGUGAUGCCAUAGAGGAACCAUUUUUGGUUCCUUGAAGAACCUUUAAAUCCAGGGUUCUUUAAAGGACCUUUUCCUUAAAUAGUUAUUCAAAUAACCUAUGAACGUGUCUAAAAGAACCUUCGAAAAAUGGUUCUUUAAAGCACCAUUUCUGGUUCCACAAAGAACCUUUCAAACCAGGGUUCUUUAAGGAACCAUUUCCUUGAAUAUGUUCUUAAAAUAACCUAUAAAGGUGUCUCAAAGAACCUGCCAACAACGUUUUUAAAGGCACCAUUUCUGGUUCGACAGAACCUUUCAAACCAGGGUUCUUUAAAGAACCAUUUCCUUAAAUAUGUCUUUAAAUAACUUAUAAAAGUGUCUAAAAGAACCGUAAAAAAAAAAUUCUACGGCACCAUUUUUCAAAAAUGGUUCUUCAGUAGCUGAUGUUUCUUCGUAAAACCACAAAGCCUUUUAAAGAACCAUUCAAGAACCAUUACUUUUCUGUGUGUGCCAUGAAGGUCUUCUUUCGGGUGCUCCCUCUGAGGUCAAAGGUCACGCCCCCUCAAGCAGGAGCGAUGACGAUCACUUUUUAAAUGACUACGUGUUGCUCUUCUUCUCCUUCAUUUCAAGCAUCGUGGUCGUGAGACGUUUUUCUUUCCCGAUCUCGCGCCUCCGAACCAUCAAGCUCACCCGUGAAUGUAUAUACAGUAAUCGCCUGUAAUUGUCGACAAGCCGACUUCAAAUUCCUUUUUGAGUUAUGCAUUUCCUUUGUGUCUAAACAUGUAGAGGGCGUCGCUACUUUUUUUUCCGUACUUGCAAUUUUUAGGGAGGGAGACGGAGAGAAGCGUAUCGAGUGUCCCGUGUUUUCACGUUAAUGCAGCCGAAUGGGGUCCAAUAUCCUCCCUCUCAUUUACAGGAGUGACGCUUGAUCACGGCUCCUACAUGAUGGGGCCACUUAUUCAGAUUGAGUUUCAAAAACAAUGUCCUCGCACACUUCAAUGUUGAUAAAAAGGAGAAUAAAAACAGUAUUUAUUCACAUGGAAUCAGGCGAACCAGAUGUGGUGUCAUGAAGGGGGGCAAAGAAGUCCAAAGUUACAACAUUCGAACGUUACAAGCGGAUUUUACUUUUAUUUUAUUAAACGUUUCUUCAUAUUUUAAUUAGGAUGACUAUUGAGAGAAAGCUGCAUUUCAGAGCGACAAUUGCUUAAAGAAAUAGACAUAAAAUCAUUUGAUUUCAUUAUGCGGUCCUGAUUUUGUGUUUGUCUGAUUCCAUGUGAAUUCAGCACAAAGUAUGAUCAUACAAGAACAAUAAUGAUACUAUAUAUAUAUAUAUAUAUAUAUAUAUACAUCUAGAGGCUGAGAUGUGCUGGCUUCAAUAAGACUGUUCCUGGCUCUCCGUGUCUUUCAGGUUUGUGUUGAGUAAACUGAAGUUUCUAAAAUCGGUGCUCUGCCCCUUUAAAAAAAAUUAAGGGAAAAAAUGUAAUUAAUGCUCUCAAAUGUAAAUAUAAUUCCCAUUUAAUUCUGUAUUUAUAUGUAUUUAUUUAAAUUGUUGAGGUCUUCUCUCUUCUGAUUCACGGACAAUCCAAAGAACAUUCACGUUGGCUCAGUGGGAGGAGUCAGUCGGGGGUAUUUGUUAGUAAAAAUUAAAAUUUAAAAAGCCAUUGUGUAGCAUUUCGAGGGAUUUAUUAGCGUAAAUGUUUUUUGUUCGAUUAGCAUGAACCCUUCAAAUCCACAUAGGUAGCGGGUUCUCUUCACGUAGUCCGCCAUGUUGACGCCACCAAAUCCUACACGCUGUCCCUUUAAGGAAAUAAAUGUAUUUUGAGGUAAGAAAAACAAACAAAAAAUGUAUUUGAGGGCACAAAUGACCACAUUAUUAACCAUCUUGUCCUCCUCACACCAACCAGCCUCCAUAACUUAAGAGUCCACACGUCACUGUAACCAUUGCCUCCAGCCACGAUGUGGAUACCGUGUAUCCAGCAGUGAGCAUUAAGAUACUUUCUCUUCUUUCACACCUCUUUUGAAGGGCACGUUAAUUAGUUCUUAGCAAGAAAAAAAAAUCCAAUAUUUGAUCUACAAAAACAAAUAAAAGUGGAAAAGAUUUAAAGCUUUGUUUUAUUUUAUGUCUUUUUAUACAAAAAGAACCAACACUGUCUGUGAGCAUAUCAAGCAGAGUGUUCGGGGCACAAUCAUGGAUCACAGAGCCUGAAGUAAGGAACAGAUGGUGCAGGAAUAUCGGUCACCCCCCCCCCCCCCCUCCUUAGAGGAAGACAUUUAUGUUUAUUGUGCCGUUGCAUCACAAGAGUCUUCACGGUGCAGGAUGUUCUGUCACCUCCAACUCUCUCUGAGGCUUCUUCUUCUACUCCUUCUUCUUCUACUCCUUCUUCUUUUACUCCUUCUUCUUCUCCUUCUUCUUCUUUUGCUUAUUUUCCUUCUUCUACUUAUUUUCCUUCUUCUUCUUCUUCUUCUUCUACUUCUUCUUUUACUUAUUUUCCUUCUACUUCUUUUUCAUUUACUUUUUGUACUUCUUUUCCUUCUACUUCUUUUUCUACUUCUUCUUUUACUUAUUUUCUUUCUUCUUCUUGUUCUUCUUCUACUUAUUUUCUUUCUUGUUCUUCUACUUCGACUUAUUUUCCUUCUUCUUCUACUUCUUCUUCUUCACUUUACUUCGGUACCAUGUAGCCUGAAGCUAACACCACUGUGUCUCUGUAUCUUUAAGAAAAAAGAAAAAAUGUCAGUGCAUUUAGCAAAUCUUUUUUUCCUAAACUAGAAUUUGAUGUGCCACAAAAAAAUUAUGUUUCCAUUGUACUAAGUGUAACUUGUGCCUCUAAGACCCCUCAACCCCCCAGUCCUCCCAUGUCCUCCUCUAAACUAUUCUAAUGUCUUGUUUCCACGAGAGUUUUCUACAAAAAGGCCAUUUCUUUGUAAAUACACGUGUUGGAGCCGCGAUGACUGACUAAAACAAACAUUUAAUAAACCUUUCUUUGUCGUUGUAA